AUGUUGUCGGUGUCGGCGCUGAAGCUGGAGACCCCUUUGCACCACGCCCUCGCAGUCACGAGCUUUCUCCUGCUCCCUCUCGUUAUUCAGCUCUCGAGACGCAUCGGUUCAUCGUCAGCCGAGACCCCGGAAGCAUUCAAAGAGCGAGCGGACUCGGAACCGGAGCGACGAGAGGCCGGUCGACCUCCUUGGACGCUUCCGGUGCUGCACAACACGCUGGGCUUCCUCCUCGCUGGCAACAACCUCCACGAAUGGAUCACGCGGACGUGCGAGCGGUUUGAGGGCAACCCGUUCACCGUCAAGGUCUUGGGCUUGCCUCGGAUGCUGGUGGUCUCCACUCCGGAGGCGUUCGAAGACGUGCUCAAGUACCAGUUCAUGAACUUCCCCAAGGGGCCUCAGUACAGCGAGAACAUGAAGGAUCUGCUAGGUGACGGCCUCUUCGCUGCGGACGGGGUCAAGUGGGCGCACCAGCGAGAUAUCGCCCACGGGUUGUUCCGGACCAAAGAGCUUCGGGAGUGCAUGGUCAAGGCCAUCACCCGCCACACCAUGGCGCUACACGACGUAUUGAAGCAGAUCUGCGCUCGGAAUCGCUCCGUGGACCUGUACAAGCUGCUGAGCUGCUUCUCGACCGAGGCGUUCGCGGACAUCAGCUUCGGACUCAAGAUGGAUUGUCUGAGGGCCAACAAGGAGCUCCCGUUCCAGGCAGCUUUCGAUCGCGCGCAGCGACUCACAGCGCUGCGCUUCGUGCGGCCGCGCUGGUUCUGGAAGAUGCAGCGGCGACUGGGUCUGGGCGCGGAGGACCAGCUCCAGCUCGACAUCAAGGAGAUCGACGCGACGGUUCUCAGCAUCGUCCAGCGAGUGCUCGCCCAACGCGCGAUGGCGCCUGAAGAUAAAGACUCGAACAUGCUGUCGCUGUACCUCGACGCCAUCGCCAGGUCCUCGGGGACGGACGAGCAGCUCUACGACCCCGUGCACUUGCGCGACGUGGUGGUCAACUUCCUGGUGGCUGGACGUGACACCACCGCCCAAGCCUUGAGCUGGUUCUUCUUCUGCGUCAGCCAGAACCCGCGCGUCGAGAGCAAACUGCGUCGCGAGAUCUACAAGAAGCUGCCGGAGCUCAUGACGGCCGAGAGCUGCGUGCCGACGCUCGAGCAAGUCAACAAGCUCGUGUACCUGGAGGCAGUGAUCAAGGAGACGCUGCGUCUGUAUCCGUCCAUGCCGAUCGCGCCCAAGUACGCGGUUCGCGACACCGUGUUGUCCGACGGCACGUUCGUGGCCGCUGGGUCCAUGGUCUGCCUCCCGCUGUACGCUAUGGGUCGGAUGCCCCACGCCUGGGGCCCCGACGCGGCCGAGUUCAAACCCGAACGCUGGGUCGACCCCGUCACCAAGAAGAUCACCAGCGUUUCGGCCUUCAAGUUCGUCGCCUUCAACGGCGGACCUCGGAUGUGUCUCGGGUCGUCACUAGCAGGCCUCGAGCUGAAGUUGGUGGCGGCGGCGCUGCUCAGCAGGUUCCACAUCUACGUCGAGAACCCGGAGGACGUUGGCUUCGGGUUCUCCCUCACGCUGCCGGUCAAAGGCCCCAUGAACGCCAGACUGGCACGCGUCUCUGCUAGUUUCGGGUAA